UUCAAUUCCAGUAUAUAUUAUGUAAAGAGAUUUCUGAAAAUCAUGUAAGGCCGAUGAAUGAUAACAAAUUAUUAUCAACAAGGAUGGUAGGGAAACGGAUUCCGAUCAGGGCUUGGUUAGGUUAUCAAAACAACAUGGUAUUACUGGUGGGUGGAAACCACACUUCCUCCAGGUUUUGUUCUCGUUAGUUUUUUUUUUUCCUUUCCACUAAUUCCUUUCUCUUUUAUUAGAGCUCCCAGUUAAUUUAAGAAAAUAGACUUUCCUUUUUUGUUUUCCUGAAACGAAUCAAAAUCUGUACGGAAUGGAUUUCAAAGCCUUGAAAUGGCAGAUCCUGCGCGGAUCAUUCGGCUGGCGGUUGGUUUUAAGAGCCCUGUUCUUCCUAGUAGCCAUGGUGGUUGUUUCCUUCACCCGAAUUGCCACCGACAUCAAAACCCCCGACCCGAUUACCCUCCAAUUCGAUAAAUGUUCCUUGAAUUUCGGGUUUGUGGAUGGAAAGAAUCUGAGUGUCGGUGUGGCAAAAGAAGUCAUGAGAAACCAAAUGUUGACCUUUGAAUCAAAGGCAUUAUGUUUAGGAGACGGGUCGGACUGGAUUGUAUCCACUUUACAAGAAUUCGGAUUCUUGAAUGUAUUCGGUGUUUAUAGGAACCCUUUGAUGUCCCUUUUGCAUAAACAGUUUGACCACAAGCUUCCUUUUGACUCCGAUUCUUUCGACUUUGUGUUUUCCACCACUCUUGACAGGGUCUCUGUCCCGGCCCUUGUCGUGUUGGAAAUCGAACGUGUGUUACGACCCGGUGGGGUUGGCGCUAUGCUUGUUGGCUCUUCGAGUUUUUAUGCUCCUAGCUUGGUUAGGUCUGCAACGCCUGUUUCGUUGUUGUUGAGAACCUCGGAUAUUCUACAUGUUUGUGGGAUCUAUUCGUAUACGUUAAUCGUGUUUAAGAAACAGUUGGAGAGUGUUGCAUUGUUUGAUAACUAUAAGCUUCCCAACGAAUGCCCAUCUAUGUUGAAAAACAAACCCUUUAUGAAACAUAUCGAGCCUCUUGUAGAUCAGAGGACAGGACGGUUUCAAGAGCUUUCGUAUUUGCCUAAGUUUUUGAACAUUUCGUCGAGGAAUAGGUUGAUUUAUAUUAAUAUGGGAGCAGGGGAAUUUGAUCGGAAUUACCCUAUUCAUCCGGAUGCGUUUAAUGUUUAUGUGGUUGAUCACAACGUGUCUGCUCUCACGUCGCAUGUUAAAAAGCCCGGUGUCACGUUUGUUUAUCAUCCGGGCCUUGUUGAAGACGAUAAGACGGAAUCUAGUCUCAUGUCUGUUGAUUAUCUUGAAGCUCCGUUGCAUGAAGAACAGUUUGAGUUCAUUGAUUGGUUUAAAGAAACAGCCAAGGAUGGAGACUUUGUGGUGCUUACGAUGAAUGCUGGAGCGACUCAGUUGAAAGUCCUGUUUGAGUUAUUUGCAAGUGGAGCUAUAUGUCAUGUCGAUGAGCUAUUUCUGCGUUGUUCGGAUGGGGUUGAUUGCAGGACUAGUUGCUGUAAGGACUGUAUGAGCCUUUAUAAUGGUCUUAGAAACGCGGGUGUGUUUGUCCAUCAAUGGUUGGGGGACUAAAACCAGCGUGUUCCCUUAUAUAUUAUGUUACUUGUUGCGUGUAGAAUAAACAGCUAGAGGUUAAUAAGCCGUAUGAUCGGUAUCUCGUGUACGAGAAACCUCUCUGUGUUUGUGUUUCUAAUGUUAUGAUUCAUGCCUUGAAGGAGGUCAUGGAAUUUGUUUCAUAUGUAAUGGUUUAUGGCUUGUAGUAAAUUAGUAAUGUGUGAUCCUUAAAA